AGGAUGCAAUGCCACUUUCUGGCUCACCCAAAGGUGGGGAAUAGCAAAGGCAGGAAGUGGGGAGAAGGAACUUGGGCUCAGAUUUCGGCUCGAGUGCUGGGCUAUGGCAGCACGGCAGUGCAAGUCCGGUCCAGACUCUACUGCUGAUGCAGCGACCAGCUUUCUUCGGGCAGCACGUUCUGGGAACCUGGACAAAGCAUUGGAUCACCUGAGGAAUGGCGUUGAUAUUAACACCUGCAAUCAGAAUGGGUUAAAUGCUUUGCACCUGGCUUCCAAGGAGGGACACGUGAAGAUGGUGGCAGAGCUGCUGCACAAGGAAAUUGUUUUGGAAACCACCACCAAGAAAGGAAAUACGGCUCUGCACAUUGCAGCCCUGGCAGGACAAGAAGAUGUGGUCCGGGAGUUGGUCAAUUUUGGGGCAAAUGUCAAUGCACAGUCACAGAAAGGCUUCACGCCCCUGUACAUGGCAGCACAAGAGAACCACCUGGAAGUUGUCAAGUUCCUGCUGGAAAAUGGGGCCAAUCAGAACGUGGCCACUGAAGAUGGCUUCACACCACUAGCGGUGGCGCUUCAGCAAGGCCACGAAAAUGUUGUGGCCCACCUGAUUAACUAUGGGACAAAGGGCAAAGUGCGCCUCCCAGCGCUGCACAUAGCUGCUCGCAACGAUGACACACGGACGGCUGCUGUGCUCUUGCAGAAUGACCCCAAUGCCGAUGUCCUUUCCAAGACUGGUUUUACCCCACUGCACAUUGCCGCUCACUACGAGAACCUCAAUGUGGCCCAGUUACUACUGAACCGCGGCGCAAGCGUCAACUUCACUCCCCAGAACGGCAUCACCCCACUGCACAUCGCCUCCCGUCGUGGCAAUAUCAUCAUGGUGCGCUUACUGCUUGACCGAGGAGCUCACAUUGAGACACGUACCAAGGAUGAACUGACGCCAUUGCACUGUGCAGCCAGGAACGGACAUGUGCGAAUUGCUGAAAUCCUGCUGGACCAUGGUGCUCCCAUCCAAGCAAAAACCAAGAAUGGCCUGUCCCCCAUCCACAUGGCCUCCCAAGGGGAUCACUUGGAUUGUGUCCGGCUGCUGCUUCAGUACAAUGCUGACAUUGAUGACAUCACGCUAGACCACCUGACACCACUGCACGUGGCUGCCCACUGUGGCCACCACCGGGUUGCCAAAGUCUUGUUGGAUAAGGGUGCAAAGCCCAAUGCACGGGCCCUGAAUGGCUUCACUCCACUUCACAUUGCCUGCAAGAAGAACCACAUCCGAGUGAUGGAACUCCUGCUGAAGACAGGGGCCUCCAUUGAUGCAGUCACUGAGUCUGGCCUGACCCCUCUGCAUGUGGCCUCUUUCAUGGGACACCUUUCUAUAGUGAAGACCUUGUUACAACGUGGAGCAUCUCCCAAUGUUUCCAACGUGAAGGUGGAAACGCCUCUUCACAUGGCAGCCCGAGCCGGACACACCGAGGUGGCUAAGUAUCUACUCCAGAACAAGGCCAAAGUCAAUGCCAAAGCUAAGGAUGACCAGACACCAUUGCACUGUGCUGCUCGCCUUGGCCAUUGCACUAUGGUGAAGCUGUUGCUAGAAAAUGGCGCUGACCCCAAUCUGGCCACCACAGCUGGGCACACGCCCCUGCACAUCACUUCACGUGAGGGCCAUCUGGACUGUGCCUGUGCCCUCCUUGAAAAAGAGGCAUCACAAACAGUCAUGACCAAGAAAGGAUUUACCCCUCUGCACGUUGCUGCCAAAUAUGGGAAAGUGGAUGUGGCUGAGGUCCUGUUGGAGCGUGAUGCCCAACCCAAUGCUGCAGGAAAGAAUGGCCUCACACCCCUCCAUGUAGCUGUGCAUCACAACAACCUGGACAUUGUCAAAGUGCUGCUUCCCAAGGGAGCCUCCCCUCACAGCGUGGCCUGGAAUGGAUAUACCCCUUUGCACAUUGCCGCUAGGCAGAACCAAAUGGAGGUGGCCAGCAGCCUGCUGCAGUAUGGUGCUUCUGCCAACGCUGAGUCUGCGCAAGGGGUGACCCCGCUGCACUUGGCGGCCCAGGAGGGCCAUGCAGAUAUGGUGGCCUUGCUCCUGUCCAAGCAAGCAAAUGGUAACUUGGGCAACAAGAGUGGCCUCACCCCUCUUCACCUCGUCGCUCAAGAGGGACACGUACAUGUAGCAGAUGUCCUCCUCAGGCAUGGAGUCCAAGUGGAUGCCACCACACGGAUGGGCUAUACACCCUUGCAUGUGGCUUGUCAUUAUGGGAAUAUCAAGCUAGUGAAGUUUCUGCUGCAGCACCAGGCAGAAGUCAAUUGUAAGACCAAGCUUGGAUACACUCCUCUGCACCAGGCAGCUCAACAAGGCCACACUGAUAUCGUCACCCUUUUGCUAAAGCAUGGAGCAUCCCCCAAUGAAGUCAGUUCGAAUGGUGCCACCCCUCUGGCCAUUGCCAAGCGACUGGGUUACAUUUCUGUCACUGAUGUGCUAAAAAUUGUGACAGAGGAGACUACCAGUUUUUUGUCAUUCAGUGACAAACACCACAUGAGUUUUCCUGAGACGGUGGAUGAAAUCCUGGAUGUUUCCGAGGAUGAAGGCACAGCUCACGUAACUCUCCUGGGGGAAGAGCUGGCUGGGACCAAGCCACACAAGCGGGGCUUCCACUAUCAGGAUGAUGAGAGAGAAAUUGUGGAAUUUGUUCCUAAACUGGAGCACACGAGGGAGGAGUCACCAGCUAUCCCACGAAUCCCUUGCGUCACUCCAGAGACGGUGCUGAUCAAACCUGAGGAGCCAGAACAGCCUUCCAAGGAAUUUGAUGAGGAGUCCCUCAUCCCCAGCAGCCCUGCCACGGAGACCUCUGACAACAUCAGCCCGGUGGCCAGUCCUGUUCACACAGGAUUCCUCGUAAGCUUCAUGGUGGACGCCCGUGGUGGUUCCAUGCGUGGCAGCCGGCACAAUGGUCUACGUGUCAUCAUCCCACCCAGGACGUGUGCAGCACCCACACGCAUCACCUGCCGUCUGGUCAAGCCUCAGAAACUGCCAGCACCACCCCCUCUGGCUGAGGAAGAAGGACUGGCCAGCAGAAUUAUUGCCUUGGGUCCCGCAGGAGCACAGUUCCUCAGCCCUGUAAUUGUGGAGAUCCCCCACUUUGCUUCCCAUGGGCGUGGUGACCGGGAGCUGGUGGUGCUGCGUAGCGAGAAUGGGACUGUGUGGAAGGAGCACCGCAGCCGUUAUGGGGAGAGCUACCUGGACCAGGUCCUCAAUGGCAUGGAUGAAGAACUGGAGAGCCUAGAGGAGCUGGAGAAGAAGAGGAUUUGCCGCAUCAUCACCACAGAUUUCCCUCUCUACUUUGUGGUCAUGUCCCGCAUAUGCCAGGACCAAGAGCUGAUUGGCCCAGAAGGCGGCUGUCUGCAGAGCACGUUGGUAUCCAUGGUGCAAGCCACAUUUCCAGAAACAGCGGUCACCAAGAAGGUCAAGCUAGCUCUACAGGCGCAGCCAGUGCCAGAUGAGCUGGUGACAAAACUGCUGGGGAACCAGGCAACGUUCAGUCCGAUUGUGACAGUGGAGCCACGCCGCAGGAAAUUCCACCGCCCUAUUGGGCUGCGUAUCCCUCUGCCACCCUCAUGGAGGGAGAAUCCCCGGGACAGUGGAGAAGGCGAUACAACCAGCCUCCGCCUACUCUGCAGCGUUAUAGGAGGAACAGCUCCAGCACAAUGGGAGGACAUCACUGGGACCACAAAACUGGUCUAUGCCAAUGAAUGUGCGAAUUUCACCACCAAUGUGUCUGCCAGGUUCUGGCUGGCGGACUGUCCACGCACAGCUGAAGCCGUCCACUUUGCUACCCUGUUGUACAAGGAGCUGGCAGCUGUGCCUUACAUGGCCAAGUUUGUGGUGUUUGCCAAAAUGAAUGACGCACGGGAGGGUCGCCUGCGCUGCUACUGCAUGACCGAUGACAAGGUGGACAAGACCCUUGAGCAGCAUGAAAAUUUCACGGAAGUGGCACGCAGCCGAGACAUUGAGGUAGUAGAGGGGAUGCCACUUCACACGGAGCUCUCGGGGAACCUGAUUCCCAUCAAGAAGGCAACCCAACAGCGCAGCUUCCUGUUUCAGUCAUUCCGAGAGAACCGUCUCAUCAUCCCAGUCAAGGUGCGGGACAGCAGUCGGGAAGCAAGUGGCUCUUUGUCUUUCCUACGCAAGGCCAUGAAGUAUGAAGAGCUUCAGCACGUCCUCUGCCAUUUGAACAUUACGAUGCCACCUUGCUCCAAGAGUUCUGCCAGUGAGGAGCGAAGGAGAACGCUGACCCCCCUAGCCCUGCGUGAGAGAUAUAGCCUGCUCAGCGACAGCACUCUGGGCUCAUUAAGCAGCACGGAGAAAGACAAGACUGACAUGAAAAUGGCUGUCAUUGCAGAACACCUGGGCCUUAGCUGGGCAGAACUGGCCCGGGAACUGCAGUUUGGAGUGGAUGAUAUCAACAGGAUCCGCGUGGAGAACCCCAACUCCCUGCUUGAACAGAGCAUGACCCUGCUGAACCUGUGGACCAGCCGUGGUGGGCAGAGUGCCAACAUGGAGAACUUAUACACUGCUCUGCGUAACAUUGAUCGCAGCGAGAUCAUCAACAUGCUGGAAGGCUCUGUACGGCAGAGCCGCAGUCUGAAGGGUGACAAACGCUACCCGCAUAGGGACUACUCCCUGUCACCUUCCCAGAUGAAUGGUUACGCUUCGCUGCAGGACGAGUUGCUCUCCCCCGCCUCCCUGCAUUAUGCACUGCCCUCCCCGCUGCGCGCCGACCAGUACUGGAGCGAGGUGGCCAUCAUGGAUGCCAUCCCCAUGGCCGCCACCGAGCAGGACGCCCUCAUGGAGAUGUCCGACAUGCAGGUGUGGUCCUCUGGGCUCACACCCUCGCUGGUGACUGCCGAAGACUCCUCCCUGGAGUGCAGCAAGGCUGAGGACUCGGAUGCCACGAGCGAAGGCCGGUUUCCGGGGCAGCUCCUGGAGGAUGUGCAUGGCCCCGACCCGCUGGGCUCCAUGGACCUGGUUGAGGACGACACAGUGGAUUCAGACGCCAUGAAUGGCCUGAUGGACACACUAGAGCAGGAGGAAGGCCAGCAGAGGGUGCAGGCCCGCAUCACGGAUUCGCCCACAGUCAGUCGUGUCAUAGACAAGGGCAAAGACAGGCUUGGCGACUGGACCGUGGAGAGCACCUUCAUCUCCAGUCUGUCGGAUCUGCCCAAGGGAGUGUCAAGCCCGCCGUUGCUGCGGCAAGCAGUGCCCUAUAAAAUGCGGGAGCGGGAGAGGCUGGAGCACAUGCGGAUUGACUCGUCAGAGGAGAGGGAGAGCCCAUCACAACACAGGGAUUGGGGGCUCCAACCUGGGAGACGGCAGGGCCUUGCCAAGUGGCUGGAUGAAGCUGACAGCAGCUUCUUUGGGCAAACACAGGGGAAUGAAAUGUUGGAUAUUCCAGGGGAACAAGUGACCGAGGAACAAUUCACUGAUGAACAAGGCAACAUCGUCACAAAGAAGAUUAUCCGGAAGGUGGUGCGGAGGCUGGACACCGACAGUAUGGGCGAUGGGCGGCAACAUGAAGAGGAGGAGGCUCAAGGGAGUGUCCCGAGAUCGGAGCUGCUCGGGGGCAGGAUGGGGGCUCACAUAGUGAAACGAGCCAGCCUGAAAAGGGGGAAGCAGUGACACCCCUCCCCCCCUCGAGUGGCCUCUUUGGAGGGCUUCACCUCGACACCAACCCACUGACUUCCACCCCCCUUGUGCCCUCCACAUGGCCAGGCGAGUGGAGCUGCAAGCUCACCAGUGCAGAGCUGGCUGCCCAUGAUGCUUUAGGUUAAUGGCAUGAUUUCCGUAUGAGACAUAACUUUACUGUCCUAUUCGCAUGACCGACUGACUGCAGACGCAUGAGCUACAGUUCUUCCUCCUGACUCAAAGCCUGGACCAGGAAACCCAGGAGGGGGGAAAUGCCAUUGUAUGCGAGGGGUCCUUUCCAAAGCCCCUCCUUGACGUGAUGCCUCGGCCUCCUGGGAAAGGAGUAAGCUGGACGGAGCUCAUCGGCCAUCCCACCCACCCCCGCUCAGCUCUCCUGCCAGCUCUGUGCUCGGUUAUGCUACGUCCAUCUGCGGUGCCCGAGUGUUUCCAGUGAAGGGCAUCCGGUGAAGGUCUUCAGGCCCAGGAGGCAGGAAGCAACCCAGGUCCACCGAGACCCCCUCCUCCCUGUUCUCACCUGGUUUGGAUGGAAAGCGUAACCCGGACAGUUGCUCAACCUUGUGUAUAUGAUAAUGAACAGAUAACCUACUAUGCAAACACAAUUAGGGACGUUCGGCAGGAUUGCAUUGGCUCAGCUCCCCGGUAGCCUCCACAAGCCACCAGCAGCUUGUGAAACAGAGGUGGGAAAGAGCUAGGAGUUAUCGGAAGCAGUCUCCCAGGCUCAUCUCUCCCUCUCACACACACAAACGCAGACACACACACAGGGUGGUGGUUGAGGGGGUGGAAAAUGAGAUGGGGAGAAGGGCUAUGCCAACCCCUACAUGUGUGCCAGGCACACUUGCAUUCGAUCCCACGGGAUGCUUCUUGCAAUUUGGCCAAGGGCUGGGAGAGCGUAGCUACCUGCUUGCGCCAACACCCGGCUCCACCCAGCACAAUCUGUCGCUCAGGAGAGGUGCAGAGUUCCGUUGCUACCUUACCUGCGCUUCUGCACCAGGGAGAACCCUAAAAGGGUCCCCCACACUCAGCACAGACAUGGCAUCUGCCAGUUUUUCUUGGACCACUCCUAGCUGGGGAACAACUGAAUCCCCAACCCACCCCAACUUUCAUGAUAAGUAGUGGCCAACGGGGUAUGUGGUGCUCUCUGUUUGCCCCCCCCUCCAAUCAGAGGAUAUGCCACCGCAGCUGGUACUCACUGCCCCAUUCCCGUCUCUCAGUGCUUGGGGCAUCCUGCCUUCCCCACUCCCCAGCCUCUUUUCCAGCCAAGCCUGAACCCUGAGACAGCUGCCUUGAGCAAUAUCUGGGUCCUCUCCAGUGGCAACUGUUGCAGGUACGUUCAAGAGAUGGCAUUUGCUCCAGGAAAGCUGGGGUGGGGGAAGGAUAUUGCCACAUGCCAGCCUCCUGCAACCGUCCUUGGACCUAGAAGAGAUGUAAAGUGGCCCCUAUUUACUGAGAGAUGCACAACUUCUUCAACUCUUGUCUCUGGGAACUUGCCA